ACCCGCUCGGAGCUCCCUUCGUCGGCUCUCGUACCGACGGGUUCUCAGUGUACAGUUCUCGCAGUGUGCUUUUUUCUACUGGUGCAUUUAUCAUCGAGAUUUUAUUUUUGUUGAGCGUCUGCGUUUGGUUCGGAUUAUACUGUGGUGAAGGUCAAUUGAGCUUUCUUUAUAUCGAUCUGGUAUCGUUGAGUGUGACCAAUAUAUAAGAAGGCUAGUGCGGAAUAGUGUGCCGCAAGGCGGGAAAGUGGAGCAGCAGCAGCAGCAGCAGCAGCAGCAGCAGCAGCAGUUGGAGUGGAUGGAGAACAUGACCAUCACGUGAGCGUCGCCGCCGCGUCAAGUUUGAGAGUUCAGAGAUCUCGACGUGCGAGUAAGUGAUCGAGAGGCAAAGAAGACAAGGAAACGAGGCCGAUUUCGGCCUUUGAUAAGCUUGCCGAUAUGGAGACCGAGGAGCUAACCAAACUCGUCGAUGACAUCUACAAGAACAUACUGGACAAAUUCAACCCUGGAGCCAGACAGCUAAUCAACGCUGGAAAAGCCUACCUGAAGGCGUUACACGGUGCCGCAGCCGCCUCGAAGGUUUACGUCGAUGCUCUGUCCAAACUCGCCAGGCAGGCGCAACUCGGUACCUGGGGUGGCUCCCAAGAUGUUGGAUCCGCCUUGAUGAGGAUCGUCGAGGUAUACAAGCAGAUUCAAGAGCAGGAGACAAACAUUCUUAAAGCAUUCUACGUGGAUUUGCUGGUGCCGCUGGAAACGAAUCUAGAGAAGGACACAAAGGUUGUUCAGAGCGAGCAAAAGAAAUUUUUGCAACAGCACAAGACGCGUAGCGAGACGUAUAGCAAGGCCGCCGCGACGAUGAAGAAGCAGCGCAAGAAGUCGCGAGGUGCAAGCAAGAGCGGCCUCGCCAUGGACAAGGAGCUCAAGAACAUGCAGAUCCUCGAGGAAGAGAAAUCCAAACUCGACGCCUUCUGCGAGCAGAGCCUCAAAAAUGCGAUGACGCAAGAGAGGAGGAGGUAUGGCUUUGUGCUGGAGCGACAAUGCUCACUUGCAAAACAUUAUGCGAGCUUCCACGAAGUCGCCUUGGCGGCAUUACAUCCAUCAGUGGACGAGUGGCGCGAGGUAGCCAACACUCGUGAGUACCUGCCCCAAGCCGUCGAAGAUAUGUUCGCUUCUCGACUCAGACAAGUAUCAUUCUGGCCAGAAGACGAGGAGAACGGCGGCUCGGAAUUGACGAUGAGCUCACAGCUGCGCAAGACCCGUAGCAUGGAUAGCUCGUGCCUAGAGCUCAGGCUGGGACCAGUCCAGAGUCAGUCGACCAGUGCUGGACUUCACAGCCACGCUAACAACAAUACGAACAGUCACUCGCAGGCUGCACUGUCGCGCGCUAGAUCUGAGGUCAACAUACACUCCUCUACGCUCUCGCUGGGACCUGAGGUGCCGGACACCCCGCCACGACCACGAUCCAUGGCGCCGGUGAGCCGCAACAGCGGUGGCAUAAGUGCCGGUUUGAUCGCUGGCGGCUGGGCGGAAGCGCCUCUCGCCCGAGCUCUCUUUGCCUACCUCAGCUCCGGCGAGAAUCAGCUCAGCUUCCACGAGGGUGAUCUCAUUGCGCUCAUGGGCGAUCGACAAAAGGGUUGGCAGUUCGGCGAGAAUCUGCGCACUCAAUGCUCCGGAUGGUUCCCCUUGGCUUACACUGAAAUUAUCAUCGACGAAGCACUAGGCAGCUCGAGCAAAGGUCCAGACUUGAAGGGGAUGCCACCUAGUAAGCCGCCUCCAUCCCGACCACCAAUACCCAACAACGAUGAGAAUAGUGGCGGCAGUAAUAACAACAACGGGGAGAGUAACGGACACGCUAAUCACAAUGGCACUACGUCCAAUGGUAGCACUGCCAUAACUAAUAGCGUCGCCAAAAGCAGCAGCUCACACAAUAUCGCUAAUCCGUCCAAUCGACAAAGCAAAAUCCGUCCAACUGGAACGUUGCCGACGUUGCUAGCGGGUGGCGUUGGAACCGGACGACGAGUGCAGCCACCGGUGCCACCAGUGCCGCCGCCCCAAGCAGUUACCUCGUUGCACAGUAGCAACGACAGUGGUUUCUCCAAUGAACCACCCGUCCAGCCGGACAUCGAUUACAGCGACGAUGAGGCCAUGAGACUAAGACGACGCAAGGCAGCAGACCGACCCACCAAGCAGUCCAAACACAAGUCAAGCAACAGCAAGGAGGAGGUUAAGAUCAAGAGCUCGUCCGAAAACAAGGACUGGGAGAACGACUCGUGGAAAACAAUUCCACGUGAUGAAAAAUCUUGGCACAUCUAUCGUAGCAGUAUGACGGAGUAUUGGUCCGAUGCCAGUGCCACCGUCAACAAAAACGAAAACGCAAAGUCCGAAGAACGUAGAAACAUGCGCAACUCCGAAAAUGAUUCAGCUGGACCUACUAAGAAGGAGCGAAAGCAGCAACAGCAACAACAACAAGAGAAUAAUUUGAAGAACGAGUACGAGAAUACAAGAUCGGUGGCUAGAAUUUCAAACUCAGAUAGAAAUGGUGGCAAAUUUUCAUCCAGCGAAGAUCAUGGCAACACAAAUAGAGGAUAUAACCGUCGAUCUGAUAGAGAGGAGGAAAGGUCAAGACACGAAAGACGUGAAAUUGAAACAGAGGAUGACGAGAUAGAAGUGGAAGUAGACGUCGAGGAGGAAGAAGAUGAGAGCUACAAUGUGAGCAUUGAGUAUCGUUCAGAGAAAUAUGAAAAUAAAAAGUAUUAUGACAAUCAUAACAAUGACAAUUACAGUCGAGAUAACGAUUCCAAAUACGAUAAUGAGAAAACCAGUGAUUCAUCGCCAUCGCAAUCAUCAGAAUCAGACGACGAAACCAUUCCGGAAACUGGUAGAAAAGUUGAACAAAUAGCCCAGAAACUUGAACAGACAGCUCAAAAGUACGCAAAAGAGCAUAGUCCAACCAAAUUUAUUGAGAGGCGCAGCAUAGAUUACAACAAAAGUACUCUCGAGCGAACACGGGAUGAUUCUAAGCCAUCUACAGCCGCAUACGAGAAAUAUGAACGAGAAACGCGCAACAAGAGAGCCGUUCAGCGAUCAAACGAACGCGAGCGUGAUCGUUAUACCGAUAAAUCUUUAGCCUCCUCUCGUCAGUCUACUUUGUCAUUUGAUCGAGAUAGAUACGAAAAGGAUUCAGAAAGAAAGCGCAAUGCUGAACGUACCAAUAAUCGUAGUUUCGAGAGACCACGACCACCAUCACAAGAAGCACCGGAAAGACCACCUGACCAGUCCCGCUACCGUGAUCGCAGAUUCUACAAAGAAGACAUUUAUGGAGAUUCAUCAACUAUGGGAUUUUCAAAUGAAUCACUGCUAGUGGAUAAAGAUAGAGGAUAUGAGUCCAAUUUCGAGACUAAAUUAGAGAGGAGUAAAAUCCUCGAGCGGCACGGGUAUCCAAAGACCUCACAUUCGCGCGACACCAGUAUCGAUAGAAAUGAUAAUAAUAACAAUAAUCUAAAGAAUGAUAUGAAACCUAUAUUGCCAAGGCAAAGCACAGCCAUGGGGCAUUUGAUUCAAACUGGUCGUACUUUUGACAUAGAAAAUAAAAGUCCUAAAUUGGUGAAGAGAACCAAGAGCUUUUGGAGAUUCCGCAGAGAUUCCGAAGUACUCGAAGGUAUGGCUUUAUGGCAACACAGAUCUCUCGUCGAUAUCCCGAAAAUGUUGACAAAAGAUGCGAAAGACGAGAGAUCCAAGUCACGUGAUGAGUCCAGAAAAUCCAGUUCUGAAGGCAGCCCAGACCCAUCUCAUCGUAGUCUCGAACGCAAAAAUAGCGACUCUACCAUAACUAACGAACGAAUCAAUGGGCUUGAGCAGACCCUUCCGGACGAGCCUAAACCAGCUGAAAGAAUGCACUUAUCAGACAAAACAAAUGUUGACUACUUCGAUGACCCUCCGACACCAGCAGAGAGACCUAAAAUGAGCGACCGAAAAGAGUACCGAUCAUCCAGAAACCACGAGGCACAAAGAUCAUACUUCGUCGGCAACGUAUCCAGAAAAGCUAUCUUGGAAAAUGAGAGAAAACGCAGUAUGGAAGCCAAGAGAAGUAUGAUCGUUGCUGAACUAAAAGAGAGCAGCCAAGUUAAAAGAAAUGAUCGUAGAAAGAAGACUUACGGCGACGACGAUGACGGUCUGAUGAUUCAUCAUCAGCAAUACACAGAAACUGAAGCAUCUGAUGAAGAGUCAACUUACAGCUGUAUAAUUGUGAAAGAUCAAGCAGUUGCGGAGAAAACGUUGUUACCCAGAACCAAGCUCAGACGAGAUAGCGAGAGAGGAGACCGAAAUAAGAAGACUUACGGACCUUGGUACGACCUGUGGGGCGUCGAUCAGUCCGUCAUCAAGAAGAAGAAAAAGAAACAGCAGUGAACAUUGUCCCGUUAUUGUUAGAUUUUUUAGUUUUUACUUUAUUUCUUUAGUUUUUAUACGUAUGUUUUUUAAGACUUUUGUCAUUCCAUUUUGUUUGUAACUCUCAUCACAUAUAUAAUACAUUUUUAUUUUUUUAUAGCUUCAAUUCAUCAAACUCUGUUCGAAACUAUACAUAUGUAUGUGUUGUAUUGCCUGUUUUAGCCCAGUCGUUUCGUUUAGUUGUUAGGCGAAGUGAUUAUCAACAUAAUGGUUUUAAGUUUGGUUUUUGUAUUCGUGGUUAUGUUGUUUGUAUCUUGUAAAAUAUAUGCAAUAAAUAUAUAUGUAUAGAAGAUAUAUAACAAAACAAAUGGGUUAAGUUUACAAAUUGCCUCGUCUAUCUCUAU